AGCAAUACUUCCGGCGGAAGAAGAAGCAGGUUCCGAGUGUUGGCCCAUUGCUUGUAAGCAGUCCGUCCCAAAGCAUCUAUGAAGUUUGCUGAUCUGAGAAGGCCUACUUCUUGUUCAAUGGAUGAUGGCAUUUGAGCGGAUACCAAAAAAGGAUUGGUACAGCGUUCUGGGGGCAAACCCAUCUGCAAGUGUGUCAGACCUAAAACAAAAGUAUCAGAAACUCAUAUUAGUGUAUCAUCCAGAUAAACAAAGUGCAGAUGUGCCAGCAGGAACAGUGGAGGAAUGUAUGCAGAAGUUCAUCGAAAUUGAUCAGGCAUGGAAAAUUCUAGGGAAUGAAGAGACAAAGAAAGAAUAUGACCUGCAGCGGCGUGAAGAUGAUCUAAGAAAUAUGGGACCAGUAGAUGCUCAAGUGUAUCUUGAAGAAAUGUCUUGGAACAAAGAUGAUCACUCUUUUUCUCUGAGUUGCCGUUGUGGUGGAAGAUACAGUGUUUCCAAGGAUGAAGUAGAAGAAGUUACCCUGAUUUCUUGUGAUACUUGUUCAUUAAUUAUAGAACUGCUGCACUAAGUGGAAUCCUUUAACGUAUAUUCAGGAGUGCUGAAGACAGUCCAUUCCAACUUUGUUAACUGUAUGAAGGUGGCCAAGAAAAAGAUCCUUAUUUUGGUCAUCUCGAUUAUUUGCAAAGAUAAUACACAAAGUCUACCCCAGAUCAGUAGAAAAUCAGUAGAAAAGGGUUUUGAAUUAUAAAUUAUAUUUAGCAAAUUCCUACUUGAGAACUUACUGGUUUCUUUAAAUAAGCGUGUCUCCUCUUUUAAUGGGUCACAAUAUCAUCAUAUUCCUUUAUAGUUACUACGUUUCGAGGUAACACGACAUUUCCAGCUGUCAGUUCUAUGCCUAUUGUACAACUGUCUUAAAAAUCUCAGGUCAUUAGAAUUAAAUGAGAAUCUUUGAGAAUAACAUGUGAGCCUAUUUCUCCCAUAAUGAAGCCUGAAUAUGAACAUUCAUGAGGUUAUUUGAAAGUGAAUAAAGAAGGCAGAGUGGCAACUGGAAAGAGGAGGGCAGCCUUGGAGCCAGAAGACCUGACUGCAGCUCUGGCACUGCAGUCCCACGUCCUCCCUGCAGCUACAUUAAAGGGGGUGAGCUGCCUGUCACUGCCGUCUUCAGCUUCGAACACAGUUUCGGGAAUGGUAGCUUUAGGUUUGAAACAGGCGCAUUACUUUCCUUACUUCAGUGUACUAAGAUACAGUAUUAGUGCUUAGGUUUGGGAAUGCGGGACACUGCUUUGCUAGUGUGAUGAAAUAGAUUUUUAUAAUGUAUCAUUGAUGACAGGAAACUAAAGAUUUUAUUUUUCUAUACAUUUAAUAUUCUAUGUAUAAGUGA